AUGGCAACAGAGAGGUAUAAGACCAUGAGAGUCCGUCUGCUGAGAAAUGGUUGCGACUGCAAGGAUCUUCUACUUAUCGAACUUCUCAUCACAAUGACGGACAUCAUCAGCUCCACCCUCAAGACGAUCAACGGCAUUGCGGCUGUUGCUGUUCAUCCUCUUGUUCCUGCGUCCCUUCUCACCUUCGUUGCUUAUUCACCGCCCGAUAUGUUGCGGCGAUCCCCAAGUCUUAAUAGACUUCACCAAUUGCUGACCGCAAAUUUUGUGGUCUGCUACCGACUCCCACUACAAAUCCUUCUGGUUGCAGGAAUUGCUAGAUACCUAAACAGAGCAGCGAACCGAUGGGCCCUGAACAACUGGCGCCUUACCAGUCAUCCUGGUUGGAGAUGGGCAAAUGAGAUUGCGGUCGUGACUGGUGGCUGUAACGGAAUUGGAAAGGCCAUUGUGAUAGGUCUCGCUCAGAAGGGAGUUACUGUUGCGGUACUUGAUACUCAACCAAUGCCCGCAGAUCUGCGUGCCAAUCAAAAAGUCAAGUACUGGAAGUGCGAUAUUACCUCGCCAGAAGCCGUAUCAGCGAGCGCAACGGAGAUCCGGGCCUCUUUGGGCAAUCCGUCUAUCGUAGUCAACAAUGCCGGUGUCGCCUACACUCACUCUGUCAUCGAAACCGAUCCGGAAGACUUACGGAGAAUAUUUGGCGUCAACCUCCUUUCUCUGUGGUCUACAGCCAAGGAGUUUAUCCCCGACAUGAUUAUGAAAAACAAGGGCCACAUUGUCACCGUGGCAAGCAUGGCAUCCUACUCAGCUUUGCCCACCGCAGUAGACUACUCCGCAACCAAGGCUGGCGCUUUGGCAUUCAGCGAGGGUCUUUCCUGUGAGAUCAAGCAUGUAUACAAAGCAUCUGGAAUAUUGACCACCGUGGUACAUCCAAUGUGGGUCAGAACAAAUAUGACUGCGGCCCACGCUGAGAGGGUGGAACAGUCCUAUGGGCUUGUCGAGGUGGACAGCUCAUAA